UUGAAAACCUAAAAGAACAGAAAACAGAGUAAAUUGAGUGGAGCUGAAGAUCUACUACUCUCCAGAAAAUGGCUCAAUCUGCGAAACCGAUCUCAAGCCCAGUUCCAGAUGUGUGGUACCCGACCCUCGCGGUUUUCAUGCUCGUCAUCGGCCUCGUUAUCACCGCCUCUUUCUUCAUCUAUGAAGCUACUUCCUCUAAGAAAAACCGCAGUCUUGCAAAGGAACUGAUAACCGGUGCUGUUGCAUCUGUCUUCUUGGGUUUUGGAUCUCUAUUCUUGCUGCUUUCUUCUGGCAUCUAUGUUUGAGUUCUUAACAUCGAAUAGGAAACAACUUCGUCGCCGCAAAUGUUGUUGAUGUGGACUUUGAAAAUAUUAAUGAGAGAUACUCGUUCUGAUGUUAGGAAAAUUUGAAAUGAAUUUAUGUCGUUAAAUGUACGCUGAAACGUUCCAACUCAAUGUUAUAGUUGCAUACACUUAUUUGCGCAGACUGGAAUGCGAUCGAACUUUUUGGUAACAAGGGUUUUAGCCUAAUCAUUGAUGUGGUUGAUUUAUACCG